CAUACCACUCUAGAUAAGACUCUGUCAUACCAUUUCCCGCGCAAACGGAAGAGCGGAGGCGAAAUGAUAAGGAUCCGCAGCUUCCAUCCCUCGCGUUCAUUGCGGUGGCCACGCUCCCCAUCUCCGAUCAACGGUCAGCAGCGCUUGAUCUCGACCGUCCGUUUGGGGCUAGAUAAAUACGAGCGGAGCGCCUCCAAGCACUGGAACGAUUUCUACAAGCGCCACCAAAGCAAGUUCUUCAAGGACCGACACUACUUGGAGAAGGAUUGGGGCCGCUUCUUCUCUGAUGAGAGCGAAAACUGCAAAUCUGAGAAAGGGAAGGUUGUAUUAGAGGUUGGUUGCGGAGUUGGCAAUACUAUCUUUCCACUCAUAACUGCAUUUCCAAAUCUUUUUAUUCAUGCCUGUGAUUUUUCACCUCUCGCUAUCAAACUUGUUAAGGAACAUGGGGAUUUCAGAGCUGACAGGGUGAAUGCCUUUGUCUCUGACGUCACGGUGGAUGAUCUUAGCAAGAAAAUUUCGCCGUCUUCAGUUGAUGUUGUGACCCUGAUUUUUGCAUUGUCUGCAGUUUCUCCCAAGAAGAUGCCGUUCAUAUUGCAGAAUAUUAGAAAGGUUCUUAAGCCAAAUGGCUAUGUGCUUCUCCGAGAUUAUGCCAAUGGAGACUUUGCUCAAGAAAAACUCACAGGCAAAGAUCGACUGAUCAGUGAGAAUUUCUAUGUUAGAGGUGACGGUACAUGUGCAUUUUACUUCACUGAAGAUUUCUUAACAACCUUGUUUGAGAUGGAUGGCUUCAGCACUGUAGAACUCAGCAUGUACAGCAAGAAAAUUGAGAAUCGCUCGCGGAAAAUAGUCAUGGAUCGGAUCCUUCAACUAGGUGCCACGCUCACUUCGUAUCAUUUGUUGGAACGAUGCUUCCGUUUUGCUUCUUAGCCAUUUAUACUCAUUAACAUUUUGAACCAGACUCUUCUCCACUUCCUCACCUAAACUUGUCG